AUGUCCAACCCAAUCACGCCCGAGGAGUUCAAGAAGGUCUACGGGACUCUGCGUGAGACCUUUGCCACCGGUAAAACCAAAUCAAUCAAGUGGCGCAAGUGGCGCAAGUGGCAGCUCAAGCAGCUGUACUGGCUUCUCGACGAAAACGAAGAUGCAUUCAUCGAGAGUCUCACCAAAGACCUGCACCGCAGCGCCUUUGAGUCGCUUCUCACCGACAUCAACGACGCCAAGAAUGCCAUCUUGGAAGCUGUCAGCGACGUCGAGACGUGGGCACAAGGAACGGCACCGCCCAAGGCCGGUAUCGUCUACGGUUACUUCGGCAAGGCGUGGGUUCGCAAGGAGCCGCGUGGCCUCGUUCUCAUCAUCGGGGCCUGGAACUUCCCCAUAUCGACGCUCAUCAAUGUUGUCGUGCCCGCGAUUGCUGCCGGCAAUGCCGUCAUCAUGAAGCCGUCGGAGAUGGCUUCGCACACCGAGCAACUUCUCGGCCGGUUGGUGCCCGCCUACAUGGACACAAGCGCCAUCGCGCUCGUCCAGGCGAACCCGGAGGCAAUGUCUUUCGUCCUGGACCACAAGUUCGACUUCAUCUUCUACACUGGAAGCACGCGUGUCGGCCGCAUCAUCGCAUCCGCCGCGGCAAAAUACGUGACCCCAACAGCCCUAGAGCUCGGUGGCCAGGCGCCCGGCAUUGUCACGAAGCACGCUGACGUCGACCUCGCCGCCAAGAGAAUCAUCAACGCCAAAUUGUCGAACCUGGGUCAGAUCUGCAUCUGCGUCAAUCACGUCUUCGCGGACCCCGAAAUCCAUGACAAGCUCGUGGAGCGCCUCCAGUACUGGGCAAACAAGUUGCUCGAAUCCGGGACGGAAACGCUCUGUCGCAUCAUUAGCGAAAGGCACUUCGACAGGCUGCAUGCUCUGCUGGAGAAGACCGAAGGCAAAGUCGUCUUUAGCGGAGACCAUUUUCGGGAACAGAAGCUCGUAUAUCCCACCAUCGUCACUAAUGUCUCCAUGUCCGACAGCUUGCUCUCGGAGGAGCUAUUCGGACCCGUUCUGCCCGUCAUCAAGGCAGGCUCAGAGGCUGCCCUGGAGGCAAUCAACCGCGGGGCACACCCGUUGGCUUUGUACAUCUUCUCACAAAAGCAGUCUGAGAUUGACCACAUUGUGAAUUCGACACAGUCUGGCGGUGUUACCAUCAACGACGUUGGGCUCCACGCGGACGUACAUUCGGCACCUUUUGGUGGGGUCGGCGACUCUGGGUACGGUAACUAUCACGGUCAAUGGGGGUUUGAGACGUUUAGUCACAGCCGGAGUAUCGUCACUGUACCUGCGUGGAUCGAGAGGUUCACGACUUGGCGUUAUCCUCCGUUUGACACGGCCAAUCGAUCAUCCAUCGACCCUGGCAAGCCGCCUUUCAAGAAGGGCGAGACAAUGGAGGAGCAGCGGGUUGGCCGUUCUCUCUUGAGCAACAUACCUGUUCUGGGAAGCCUGUUUUGA